AUGGACCCGGUGGUCGCCGCUCACCCAGUGCUGAGCGCCGAGAGUCACCACAGGCCUCGUGGACCCCCGACCGACGGCCGGGACGGCGAGGGGCGGGGGGGGCGUGAUCACGCAGCCGCCAGGCUCAUACCUGCGCCUCCCGCUGACUCCCGUUUCCUCCCCAGCGGCGCUCUGGCCAAGGCAGCCGCUAUUGCUCCGCCCCUUCCUGUCUGCUGCUCCCACGGCUAUGAAGCCGUCAGUGAGGCACCACACCAGAAAUAUAUUCAUGGAAAUGUGAGGUGGAAUGAAGAUCUCUUUCUGGUGGUGGCAGCAGGAGAAGUCAUCUUAGGAAUGCAGGGAAACGGGUUCAUGGGACUGGCAAACGGUACUGAGUGGGUCAAGAAUGGCAAAGUCUCAUCAACUGAUUUCAUCCUUACCAGCUUGGCUAUGGCCAGAAUCACUCAAGAGUGGAGUGGCGACGGUGGCGGUGAGAGGCUGAACAACAAGUUCGAUGCAUUGAAAGACGAUGACAGUGGAGGCCAUGAUCAGAAUGAAGAAAACAGCACACAGAAAGAUGGUGAGAAGGAAGAAACAGAACGAGACAAAAGUCAGGGCAGCAGUAAGAGGAAGGCUGUUGUUCCUGGACUAGCAGAGCAUCCCCUGCAGUACAACUAUACUUUCUGGUACUCCAGAAGGAUGCCCGGCCGUCCCACCAGCUCACAGAGCUAUGAACAGAAUAUCAAACAGAUUGGCACCUUUGCCUCUGUGGAGCAGUUCUGGAGGUUUUAUAGCCGCAUGGUACGUCCUGGGGACCUGACAGGUCAUGGUGACUUCCAUCUCUUCAAAGAAGGAAUUAAACCCAUGUGGGAGGAUGAUGCAAAUAAAAAUGGUGGCAAGUGGAUUAUUUGGCUGCUGAAGGGCUUGGCAUCCCGUUGCUGGGAGAAUCUUAUCCUGGCCAUGUUGGGGGAACAGUUCAUGGUUGGGGAGGAGAUCUGUGGGGCUGUGGUCUCUCUCUGGUUUCAGGAGGACAUUAUUUCAAUAUGGAAUAAGACUGUCAGUGACCAAGCAACCACAGCCCGAAUCUGGGAUACGCUUCGGCGAGUGCUUAACUUACCUCCCAACACCAUUACGGAGUACAAAACCCACACCGACAGCAUCAAAAUGCCAGGCAGCCUGGGCCCCCAAAGGCUCCUUUUUCAAAACCUCUGGAGCCGUGGUUGA